AUGUCAGUGAUCUCUACACUUAAUCUUAUUCAACAAUAUCUUACUAUUGUAUUAGGAUUACUUCUUGUUGUUGGUGUCUUUGGUAAUAUAUUUAAUUGUCUUGUAUUUCUUCGAAAACGAUUACGUUCUAAUGCAUGUUCAGUUUUCUUUGCUGCUGCAUCGAUUGCUAAUAUGACAGUUAUGAUUUAUUAUAUUAUUCCAACUAUUCAUUCAGUUUAUAAUUCACCACCAGAAAAUGGAAAUCUUAUUUAUUGUAAAGUUCGUUUAUAUAUUCGAAAUGCUUUAUUAGUUAUUUCACGAUCUUAUUUAACAUUGGCUUGUAUUGCAUGUUAUGUUCAAUCGUCAAGAAAUGCUCGAAUACGUGAAAUAUUUAAACCAAAAAUUAUUGUACGAGUUAUUAUUAUGGUUCCUAUAGUUUGGUUUAUUAUACCAUUACAUAUACCUUUAACAACAACUAUACAAAAUGGGAAAUGUUUAAUGUGGGCAGGUGUUGCAGCUCUUUAUCAUUCGAUUUAUAUUUGUUUUGUUGCUGCUAUACUUCCAACUAGUUUGAUGGCUAUAUUUAGUUUUAUGGCUUAUCAAAAUUUAAGACGAAUGACACGUAAUGUACUUCCUCAGAGUUCUACAGGACAAAGUCAUGAAAAAUCAUAUAAUCAACAGUCAGAAAAAAUGCUUCUUCAACAACGUGAUCGACAAUUAAGUAAGAUGUUAUUUGUACAAAUUAUUGUGUAUAUGAGCUUUACCAUAUCUUAUCCUAUUAAUACAUUAUACAAUGCAGCUGUUUUGAUUAUUGGAGGACCAAAAUCAACAGAAAGAGCAGCUAUUGAAAAUUUUGUUUUAUUUAUUACUUCUGCUUUUCUUCUAAAUUUCUAUAGUGCAGCUUCAUUUUUUGUUUUUCUUACAUCACGUGCAUUUCGAAAAGAAUUACGACAAAUCUUUGCUUGUAUUCUACCUCGAUGGAUUGGUAUUGGAAAUUAA